AUGAGUGCUAUAGGAGCGAGUUGCUUCAUGAGGGAGAAAAUGGAGCGGUGGCUAGUGCAAAGGGAGAGCUAUAGGCGAGAGAGUUUUUAUGAAGCAAUGAGGGAAAGGGGAGCUUAUUGGUUGAAGGUUAGAGAGGCUAAAGAGGGAGAUGGAGUUGUGAGUGAUGGAGGAGAGGCCAAGACAGACCACUUUGGUAGCAAAAAUCAUGGGCAAGAGAGGCUAGACUUAAGGUCCUUUAAUGUUGAUGGGAAGCAAGGGAUAGUAGAGUGCUUGGUGGGCAAGUUUUUUGACUUUUAUAGUUAUAAAAGUUUAGAUUUUAAGCUGAGGAAACAAUCCCUCACACAUGGGAAAGAGAGAACAAAGGAAGGGUU